AUGGCUGCAGUCCCUGCAUUUCGAGUCGCCGCAUCCUUUCGGCCACUAUCUACAGCUGCCGCGCCGUCUACUUUGUCGUCCGGAAAGUCCACGUCUUUCGGCUGCGCCUCGUCGCUCUGCCCAUGCACCCCGUCAGCAGCUUUCCGCGCCACCAAGGGAAGGCAGACCGUCGUGACUCCGCGUGCUGACUUGGACAACGAUACGCUUGUGGGGAUCGGCGUGGGUUUGGCGGGUAUCGCGGUGGGCAUCGGCAUUCCCGUCUUCUACGAGAUUGCCGUCAAGGGAUCGGAGAAGCGGGAGAACGACCAACCAUGCUUCCCCUGCAAAGGCACUGGCGCUCGUAAGUCCCUCUCUCUUCCCCCGACAGCACACUCAGUGACGCUGCGAAGGAACAGCACCAUGCCUGUGCGGUCCGCCUUCGCUCUCUCCCCUACUCCCGUUCUCUCGUUCUCUCGUUCUGCCUUCCUAUCCCGGCCCUCCGUCUCCCCAACACAACAACUGCGGCUGGCAGAGUCGUGCCGGUUCUGCCAGGGCACGGGGGUGGUGGUGGUGGAGCUGGGCGGGGGCGAGAGGGAGGAGUCGGAGUGCAUCAACUGCACCGGCAAGGGCGCCAUCACCUGCACCACCUGCCAGGGCACCGGAGUGCAGCCCAGAUACCUCGACCGCAGGGAGUUCAAGGAUGAUGACUAA